AUGGCGAAAAGUGUUGAGGCCGGUGCUGAAGGAGCAGCAGCAGCAACCGCGGCAGGUAGAGGGGCGCAGUUGGUGCUGGAGAGCUUGCGAGGGAAAUCCGGGCCUGAUGCCUGGAGAAGACUGGGAUGGGUCAACUUGGACGAGCUGGCAAAGGCAGAUGGGGAGGAGAAGGUGGUAGUGAUCGCAGUUGAGGAAUCGAGGAAGGACGGGGCCCAAGCAGGCUGA